UUAGGCAGGGCUGCGUUGGCCAGCGUGAGCUUGCCUUUUCCUUCGCUGACUACACCCCGGGAGGAGGAGCACGAAGCACGUAGGAUACGUCAGAAUCCUCAAUUUCCAACUUAGCAUCUUGGCAGGACAUUUUCCAAAGCAAAGCCCCCAUCCGAAGGCAAAAAACUUAUUCUGCACUGCAUGAUAGGGAGAAAGAGAAAGAAACAGAGUGAGCGAGACUGAAAACAGAAGGUUAAGCGCGAAUAAACAGAUCCGAUCAGCUUCAUCUGUCAGCGACCAAAAUAUCCUAAUUAAAACAUUUUCAUUAAUUUAUUUUUAUACUGCAGGCACGUAGAGGGAGACGGGCAGUGGUCUGCCGAUGCGAGUCUCUAUGGUUCAGAUUAAAAAGUGCUUGAACAAAUAGAGGAAAAGCGCACGAAUAAGUGGCUUAUUUUUUGGUUUGACCAUGGCGUAUCCUCAGGGCUACUUGUACCAGCCUUCCGCUUCUCUGGCACUUUAUUCGUGCCCAGCGUACAGCACCAGUGUGAUUUCGGGUCCCAGGACGGAGGAACUAGGGAGAUCAUCUUCUGGGUCUGCUUUCGCUCCGUAUGCCGGAUCUACAGCGUUCACCAGUGCUUCGCCUGGCUACAAUUCACAUCUCCCGUACAGCGCGGACCCAGCUGCCGCUGCGACGUUCAGUUCGUACGUGGGCUCUCCGUAUGAGCACACCACCGGCAUGACUGGUUCAAUAGGAUAUCACCCAUAUGCUGCCCCCCUGGGCUCAUAUCCCUACGGAGAUCCUGCAUACAGAAAAAACGCUACCCGGGACGCCACGGCUACCCUCAAGGCCUGGCUGAACGAGCACCGCAAAAACCCGUACCCCACCAAGGGGGAGAAAAUCAUGCUGGCCAUCAUCACCAAAAUGACCCUCACCCAAGUGUCCACCUGGUUCGCCAACGCCAGAAGAAGGCUAAAGAAGGAGAACAAGAUGACCUGGACCCCUCGAAAUAGGAGCGAGGAUGAGGAAGAAGAUGAAAAUAUUGAUCUCGAGAAAAACGACGACGAUGAACCGCACAAGGCAACAGACAAGGAAGACUCGACAGACACAGAGUCAGCAGAACAUAAACUUAAUGCGGGGGAAAUUACGUGCGACAGAUUUAAAGAAGACAGCGCUGCAAAGGAGACGGAUCUCGUUUUAACGGAUUCGGAAUUGAAAGAGCAAGAGGACCGGACAGAAUUACUGACUGAUUCCCCCAAGCCUACAACGUCUUCCCCCCAAAACGUGUCAAGAGGAAGUGAGAUUAUUGUGCAGGAAAGACCACUAGAAAUGGUGCACGCAUCGGGCACAGUGAACGGCAUCGGUGGCACCAGCAAUGUCACAUCUGUUAUUCACUCGCCCCCCUCUGCGCCCAAGCCCAAACUUUGGUCCCUCGCCGAGAUCGCAACUUCUUCGGACAGGUGCAAGGGAAGUAGCGAAGCGCCGCAGGCCACAGCGCCGGGUCAAAGCACAGUGAUCACGGCAAGCACGCCGUCGCCGUCGCGGUCACCCUCGCAGUGCCCGUUUCCGAACAACACGGUUCUUUCCAGGCCUAUUUACUACACAUCUCCUUUCUAUCCGGGGUACACGAACUAUGGCACCUUCGGUCAUCUUCAUGGCAACCACGGAGCCGGCACUGGGUCCACCACACAUUUCAAUGGAUUAAACCAAACUGUGUUAAAUAGAGCUGAGGCACUGGUAAGAGAAAGCAAAGUAAGAAGCCAAACCCAAGUAGAACUUUGUAAAGACUCCCCUUAUGAUCUUAAGAAAGGUAUGUCAAACAUUUAAUACCGGCUUCACCGCGAACAUCUGGACAAUUAUUUAUUAAUUGUGUUGGCAAGAAAAGUAAUUAACAAAACAAAGAGGAAACGAUUACUUUCAACGAGAAAGUGGUGAUUCUCAAAUUAUAGUUUCUGGAUGGUCAAUCCGAAAGAUGUAACAUCUAAGAAUUGUCUUAAUCGCUGCUGCCGCUUGAGACUAUUUGUAUUAAAACUAAUAUGUAUAUUUAAUGUAGCAUUUUGUAUUUAAAAUGGACAAUACACUAUCUUUGAAGUAAAUUAUGAAAAAUACACGUGUACAGCAACUGUUUGGGGAUGGAUAUAUAAAUGCUUGUGUCCAAAGUGCUUCAUAGUUGAAAAUAAUGAUUUAUAUAUUUUGACGUCUGA